UUUGUGAUUAUCGGUGCAGGAGCAAACACAGAUUGUGCGCAUGCGCGUGGCGUCCAUGUUCACGCGGGUCGGACGGUCAGCUCGUCCCAUCAGACCAGGAGGUUCCGAUACACAUGAACCUACAGGAGUGUGUGAGGACGGACUGUCAGCACGGUCCAUAGAUUAACUGUCAACACUAAAGAGCGAACAGUUAGCAUCGAAGAGCUAAAUCUUACCUGCUACCAGCACUAGCCUGCCGAGGCUAGUCUCAGAGCUAACGCUAACGCUGCUUGUUUUGGCUGAAAAGCUAACGUUAGCAUCAACUGAAGAGAAAAAACGUCCAGGUGUAAAGAAAUCUGGCUGCUGCAGAGCUAAACCACAGAAGAAGAAGACGAAGAUGGCUGUGGUGUCAGACAGAGGGGGGAUGGGGGGGGAGCUGAGUCUGGAUGACUGCAGGUGUCCCGUCUGUCUGGAGAUCUUCAUGGAGCCCGUCACACUGCCCUGCACACACACCUUCUGCAAGGAGUGUUUUCUGGAGUCGGUGGACAAAGCGACGCUCUGCUGUCCUCUUUGCAGGAAGAGAGUCUCCACGUGGGCUCGGCUGAACAGCAGGAAGAACACGCUGGUGAACCAGCAGCUCUGGACUCAGAUCCAGACGUGCUUCCCUCUGCUGUGUCAGAGACGAGUCAGUGGACAGGACGACAACAGUGAGGAUGACCAGCAGCACACAGGAGUCUCAUUGGGUUUUCCCAGAGUCUGUGAACCAGGAGAGCUGAGGCAGGAAUAUGAGGACCAGGUGACCAAACUGACGGAGGAGAAGCGGGUGCUGGAGGAGGAAGAGCGGAGGGCCAGUGAGGAGUACAUCCAGAGGCUGCUGGCUGAGGAGGAGAAGCUUCUGCAGGAGGAGAGGAGGAGGAAGGAAGAAGAUGAGAGGCUGGCUCGACUGCUCAGUGAUCAGCUGAACUCCCCUGUGGUCUCUCAGGAGAACCCCCGGCCUGCUGAUGCCACUCCAGCCAAGAAAAAGAAGAAGAAGGAGGAGGUCGGACAGAUCGAGAAGUUUUUGUCUCCUCGUCAGUCCAUCAGUAGCAACACCUGCAAUUUAACAGCCAACAAGGAGAACAUCCAGGUCUCUGGGCGGCCCCUCCCUCACCUGGAGCAUCACAGUGUGGACAUCCACCUGAACGCUCCGUCAGCGUCUUUCAGGCUCGCUAAUGACGGAGGAGCUUCGCCAUUGGCCAAGAGGAAAAGCCCUGAGGAAGAGGAGGUGACAGUCCAUAAACAGGUCUGUCACUCCUCCUCCACCAUGUCCUCCUCCUCCACCAUGUCCUCCUCCACCACGUCCUCCUCCUCCACCAUGUCCUCCUCCACCACGUCCUCCUCCACCACCAUGUCCUCCUCUUCCUCCCUCCUGCAAGGGAUCACUGAGUUGGAGGCGGAGCUGCUGAGCAGAUUGCAGCAGGAGGAUGAGGACCGGAGGCUGGCUCUGCUCCUGCAGAAGGAGUUGGACCAGGAGGAGAGGCAGAGAGCCACAGACAGACGGAAAGGAUCCACAGAUGCUUACCCGCUCCGUCAGCACCGCCCGGGGAGGGAGGAGGCCAGCAGGAGCAUUGUCACGCCCAGUAGAGCUUUCAAAAAGACUACAAAGACCUCUUCCUCCUCCUCUUCCUCCUCCGCCUCUGCCUCCACCUCCUCCAUCAGAGGCAGUAAACAGGCGACUCUGACCGAGAUGUUUUCAGGCCUGAACAGAUGAACUCUCUCUCUGCAUUGUGUCUCAGUGUCUCUCCACCAUCACUGGGCUCAGGUCAGAGGUCGUCAUCAUUUCUUCUUCUUUGUUUAAAAUAAAAGUAGUUUAUUAUAUUUUGAGAGAAUUUAAAGUGAGAAGUGCCGACAGAACUCUGCUCCUUCAACUUGUGGAGAGACAAGACAGAAAUAUGUGGACAGCUGAGCCCUCCCUAUGGCGUUCUUGAAUAUUCUUCACCGUCAGUCGGGUUCUUCACGGUCCGUCAGGUUCUCCAGUGGGUUCAUCAGCUGUUUCAGAGACAAACCCAACCCACUAAUUAUUUCCCUUCAGAACAGGUGUCCACACACUUCUGGCCAUAUGAUGUGAACUAAAUGAGAGUUUGAGCUGAAUAUUGAAUGUUAAACUAAUAAACCAGAUGUUUUUCUCUGUAAACAUGUUAACUUGUGACGGUUAGUUGGCGUCACAUGACACUAUCAUGAUGUCAUGAUGCUCAAGGUCAGGAUGUUGAUGCUGCGUUCAUGUCCUGUGAGAAAUAUUCAUUUGAUGAAGACUCUGGACCAGAGGUGGAAUAAAAACAGUUAUGUUGACAUCAUGUCUGCAAUGAUACCUGAGUUUCCAUCAUGUUGAUGUGAUUCAGUGUGAUGUCACGUCCUGAUGACAUCAUUUUUUUUAUGUCCUUCCAGAAUAAACAUCCUUGAGUCCUCUUAGGAAUCAGAGGAAGAUGGUUUAGAACUGAGAGUCUUCAUAUUUUUAAGAUUUGUUCCGUAUCAAAGUAAUCAAUCAAUUACAUUCACAAUCAGAAUACGUUUAUUUAUCCCGCAAACAAACAGGGACAUUUCUAAAGAACAGAAACAUAGAAACAGGAGCGCUAACAGUUCAUUUCACAGCUUGGACAGGCUCCCGAUUUAUUGGUUCUGUCAACAUUGUGGUUAACAAACAGGAACUGAAUGUUGCUGUUAGCAUCUAUCAGAUUCAUGUUAGCAUGUUAGCAUUUUUCAGAUUCAUGUUAGCAUCUAUCAGAUUCAUGUUAGCAUCUAUCAGAUUCAUGUUAGCAUGUUAGCAUUUUUCAGAUUCAUGUUAGCAUCUAUCAGAUUCAUGUUAGCAUCUAUUAGAUUCCUUUUGAGUGGAGUUCUGUGAGUGCUGCGAUCCCUCCUGCCUGAAGGGGGCGCUGAUGACAGUUUAGGUCCUUCAGUUGAUCUUUUGUCAGACAGAGAAAAGAA